AUGAGCGCGUUUUCAUCGUGCGCGACGACGACCAACAACGCUCGCGCGACGAGCGACAUCUUCUUCUCUUCUUUUAACAACAACAGCACUAUUAAGAGAAGCAGCAGAAGAACCAAAGUGGUCGUAGCCGCGUCAUCAUCAACAACAAAAGGGGUAUCGAAGAAUUCAUCAUCUUUUUUUGAUGACAACAACGGACAGCAGCAGGGGGUACAACGACUACAACAAAAACCUUCUUCUUCUUCUUCUUCCCAUCAGGCUUCCAAAACGCAGACGAGAAGACGAUCGUGCAUCGUCGCCAACGCUUCUUCCUCUUCUUUUUCCAAUAAUAAUAAUAAUAAUAAAGAAAAGUUUGAGCGGUUGAAGGAUAUGCUCGAUGCCGUUUCCGAGGCUUUGGACGUGUCCUCAAAGGUACAGCUCUCUUUAGACGAGGCGAACGGGAAAGUCGCUCGAUUGGAGUCUAAAGUCAAAGAGAGAGAUCGAUUGUUAUCGAUCGUGAGAGGAUUGGAGAUUGAACUCGCGGACUCGUACACGCCUAAAGAAGUCGACGAAUUAGUCAAGAACUUAAAACGAGAGAGAGAGAAAGAACUCGAUCAGUUGAAGAAGGAGUUGGAGGAGACAAAGUCGUUGAGAGAAAAAGUUCAAGAGAUGAUGAGUUUGGAAAAAGAAAAAGAAACCGCGAAAAAAGAAGCUCUGGAAAACGGAGAGAAACUCAUCAAAGCCGAAAUACACUUGGAGAACUUGAAAAGAGAGAGUUCUAUGCAAUCCAUGGAGCUGCAAGGGAAAAUGGAAAGCGCAGAGAGAGAGGCGAAACAACUGAAGGCGGAGAUCCGAAGACUGGAGACUCGCAUGGCGGAUAUGGUGGACGUCGAGGAGACGGACGAAGAGAUGGAUCGAUUGAAAGGAGAAUUAGAAGAUGCAAAAGUAAAAAGCGACACUGUACCAAUAUUGCAACAAGCCUUGAAAGAAAUGACGACGGAGAGAGACGAUUUACGAAAGUUAUUGAGAGAAGUAGAAGCCGCGAUGGCGGAGAUGACCGAGAACAAGGAGUUUGUCGAGUUGAUCAAGGAGAAGAACAACCUUUCAGUCAAGUCUCAAGUCGCAGACUUUCAAUUGAAAACGAAAAAGAAUGAACCCACCACGCAAGACGUAUCGAAGCAACCGUCGAUGACCAAAGCAGAAACUGACAAAUUAUGGGUCGAGAACUGCAUCGAACAAGAGUAUUGCGAAGUCGAGGAAGGAGGUGAAAAAGAACAACAAGGAAAAACACUCUCCAAAGCGGAAACUGACAAAUUAUGGGUCGAGAACUGCGUCGAACAAGAGUAUUGCGAAGUCAAAGAAGACAAACAAGAACAAGGAAAGAAGAAAUCUUUCCAAAGAGCGCCGGCGGGAGAUUUCACCAUGAAUAGAAAGAUCGUCUCCGCGGAGAAUGUUUCCAGCACAGAAGAUUUCACCGCUCGAAAAGGUGCCUUUGAGCGAACUCCGGGUCAGUUUACUUUGCGUAAAUUCGCGUUCGAUUCUCCUUCAAAACGAAGAGUAUCCGUUCCAGCCACCGCUUUUAAACGCACGGGUGAGUUUGAACUUCGAAGAUUCAUCUUCACGAGCGACGAAGUUGAUGUCGAUGCCACGGAAACGGUCGCCGGCGGGUUCAAGAGAACUCCGGGAUCGUUCACCUUGCGCAGAUUUAACUUUCGCGACAGCAAUGACAGCGAAGAAGAGAAGUCUUCCCCCUCGUCUACUCUCUUUAGAUUUUAA